CGGGUCCUGCGGUACUGAGGUCAACAGGGUGUCAAUGCAGUAUCUCCUCCAUAUCGUCCUACACCGGCUGCCUCCAACCUUUGCUAAUCUCACUGUGGUGGAUUGAACAACCCUAAUUCUCGACAUCAUGGCAGUUCCUCCAGCUUAUGCAGACCUGGGAAAAUCAGCAAAGGAUAUCUUCAACAAAGGAUAUGGGUUCGGGAUGGUAAAGCUUGAUGUGAAGACCAAGUCUUCAAACGGAGUGGAAUUUAAAACAUCUGGCUCAUCAAAUGUAGACACCAGCAAAGUCACCGGCACCCUGGAAACCAAGUAUAAGUUGGCAGAGUAUGGGCUGACCUUUACAGAGAAAUGGACCACGGAAAACACUCUGGGAACAGAAGUCUGUGUUGAGGAUAAGAUCACCCAAGGACUGAAACUUCAGUUUGAAACUACGUUUUCACCCAACACUGGGAAGAAAAGCGGCAAAGUCAAGACUGCAUAUAAACGGGAAUACGUCAACGCUGGAGUGGAUGUGGACUUGGACUUUGCAGGUCCUACUAUCCAUGGAGCGGUGGUGGCCGGAUACGAGGGAUGGCUCGCUGGCUACCAGAUGACCUUCGACUCUGCCAAAUCGAAGAUGACUCAAAGCAACUUUGCUGUCGGAUACAAGACUGGGGACUUCCAGCUUCACACCAAUGUCAAUGAUGGAGCAGAGUUUGGUGGAUCCAUUUAUCAGAAGGUUAACAAAGACCUGGAGACGGCUGUGAAUCUGGCGUGGACCGCUGGCAGCAACGCCACCCGUUUCGGAGUUGCUGCAAAAUACCAGUUAGACUCCAGUGCCUCCAUAUCAGCUAAGGUGAAUAAUUCCAGCUUGGUAGGGAUUGGAUACACCCAGACUUUGCGGCCUGGAAUGAAGCUCACCCUCUCUGCUUUAGUGGAUGGGAAGAACAUCAAUGCCGGUGGUCACAAGCUGGGUCUGGGCCUAGAACUGGAGGCGUAAAGAUUCGCUUCAAUGUAUCAGAAGAAUAUCUGCAGAUUCUGCGACUGAUAUUUUAACCACGAGGCCAAACAAAGUAGAAUCCCAAUAUACAGGCACCAAUGAGAUGGAAACGGACAUUUCCACCAACCUCCUGUCAUUGUGAUUCAGCCACAUGUAUUUAUUUAUCAGCCCCCCCACCCGCCCCUCCUUUGCUAAUUUCUCCUCCUUACAACCUGCUUAAUUAUGUUUGACAAUCCGGGAGUGGUUUCAAAACCUUUAUAUUCUGCUGAAAUGUGUUCAUGUAGAAUGUACAACUGUUAUUUUGCACAGUAGAUUUUACUUUUAUUUAAUCUCUUAAGCAUUCUCUUUGCAUAUUUUGGUGAUCUUCUGGUAGUGUUCUACUGCCUGGUGGAAGUUGCUGCUCCUCACUUAUAUUUCCAAUAGAUUUAUUGUGCUAUAUCACAGUUUUUAGACAUCUGAGUUCUCCCUUUUUUUGCUCGACAGUGCUGAAUACAUUGAAAUAAAUGACAGGAAACGGAAUGAAACCACUUCUUUCCCAGUUUAGAGGCUGCAACACUAAUUAUGCAAGAGCGGUCUGUAUGUUGGCGUGUGUCUACCUUCAAAAUAAAGUCCUGAAAUCCA